GGCUGCCAGAUGAUCUGACAGCCUUGCCACCAUUCGCCAGUGGCACACUUGUCAAAUUGUUUUUCUUUCGUGUUUAUUAUUUACUAGAUUUAUUUUGCGCUCGCAUUUCGUUCUGUUUUCCAUGUUUUAAUCCCGUUUUUCGGAAAACCUCGACACCAAUCUUGUGACAAGUUUUUCCGUUCCCCGGAAAGAUGCUAAGCCAAUUUUACUGUUUGUUUUUGUUGCUCCCCAUCUACUUCUUCGUGGACAUGACGUGGGCUGAGGAGGGGGACUGCCGUCGCCUUAACCGCGCAGAUAUCGAGGGCAGACUGUCCACAAAGACGCCGUACAGAGCGAUCGCCAAUUACGACGAAACGCCACCGAAAUACGCCGGCUGCCACCCGACGCGAAUUUGGUCCAUCAUCCGACACGGAACACGAAAUCCCAGCGAAUCCGUUAUCCUGCAGGCGCAAAAUCGCCUGUCAGAAAUAAAGAAACGCAUUCUGGAUCAGCCGAAACCGCCGAUCUGCAACGCUGAAUUGAAAAAGUUGCGCCAAUGGCACUGGAUGCACCUGAAUGCCACCGAAGAUGAGAAACUACUAGUGGCCGAGGGUGAGGAUGAGUUGAUUGAGCUAGCGGAACGGAUGCAGCGUCGAUUUCCGAAUCUUCUUCCCGAGUUGUACAAUCCGGAGUGGUACUACUUCAAGUAUACGGCGACCCAGAGGACACUGAAAAGCGCGGAAAGCUUCGCCACGGGUUUGUUUGGUCGUCAUCGCAUCCAUACUGUACGAUAUCCGCCGCCUUUGCACGAGGAUCCUGUUUUGCGGUUCUAUAAGGGCUGUGGCAAGUGGAAAACUGACGUCGAUAAGAAUCCCGAAACCUUGGUCAACGCACGCAGGUUCCUUGCGGAGCCGCAGAUGCAGUCAGCAGUGCAGCAUGUACGGAGCAGCACCCGGCUACCGGAUCUUCAGCCGGAGGACGUUCAGCUUAUGUAUACGGUGUGCGCUUUCGAAACGGCCUGGCAUCGCCCGCGUCGCAACUCUGGCUCGAUGCCAGAUUCGUCAUACGAAUCCGUGUGGUGUAACUUCUUCGACGUGGCCGCAUUGGAGGCGCUGGAGUUCUUUGAGGAUCUGGAGUACUAUUGGAACGAUGGCUACGGCUAUGAACUGACUCAUCGCAUUGCCUGUCCGGCAAUCGCAGAUAUGUUUGCGGCCAUUAGCUCCUCUGAGGAGAAACGGCCGCGACGGGCCAACGCCACGUUGUACUUUACGCACUCGGGUACGCUUCUCAAAUUGCUGGCCCACCUGGGAUUGGCCCGGGAUAGGAAGCCGCUGACGCACAAACACUUUGCAAGCGAGCGUCUUUGGCGCACAAGCCAGAUCGACGCGUUCGCGACCAACUUGGCCUUCCUACGUUACGAUUGCGACAAGGAGAAGCCGCAAGUCCUGGUGCUGCAUCAGGAGCGAGUGGUGCGCCUGCCCGGCUGCCCGCAGGACAAGGAUCUCUGUCCGCUGGCCACGCUGCGUCGCCUUUACGCCAAGAGCGUGGACCACUGCGACCGCGAGGAGAUGUGCCGAGUGAAGGCCAACUAAGGCGCACAAUCGGAAUGGCGCUGCUGAUGCUGAAGGAUCGUUGUUUUGUGGCUCUGCUGCCCUGCCACUGAAUGACCACGGGAACGGAGAUUCGUCGGAAAGUUUAGGAUACAACUGAUAUAAAGAUAAAGUUAGGAAUGGAAAGAUGCGAAGGAACUGGAGUUAAGCGAUUAUCAGAAUAGGACUAG